GGUCGGAAUAGCAAAGAAAAAAAGAGGAUCAGAGCAUCCAUGCACUCCUCCUAUGUGGAAAAACGACAAGAUGUCUUGGUGAAACAGAUUCAAAAAGCAUCAGAACAUGCUCAAAGUUGCUGGGACACAGCUGUUCAAAAUGGCUUGUUCCAUGUUCCUGCCAGAUGUGAAAAAUGCAAGCGUGGACGAUAUAGCAAAAAAUUGGAAAUGGUCAAAGCAAAGAACCAAGGCGUAGCUCAUGUCUCUGCGAAGUUUUUCAAGUACGCCCACUAUGUUCUGCGCUGUGACAACUGGACCUGUCGGCAUCGGCUCAAUGCAGUUCGCACAGCACCUUGGCCAGAGAAGUGUUGCCACACUUUGACCUUGGAGCAAGUUGCUGAAAUCAUUUGCAUGUGGCUUCAAGCGAAGCAAUCUCCUCCAUCACCUCGGACAGUUGCUGACCGCGUCAGUUGCAGCCGCUGGGCGGCCCAGUCGUUGCUGGAUUUCAUUACGAUGAAAACUGCUGCAGUGGCGGAAGACAUGUCUGCUGGCAAACAAGUGAUUUCCCGUCGCUUGCGUCCUGCAGAAGUUUAUGAAAUUGACGGCGCUGGAAUCGGAAAACUUUUCGUCAGCGCUCGCUCUGAACACUGGAAGCGACAAAUCGAACUCUGGAAUCGACUGCAUCCACGCUCUGCAACUCCGAAGUAUUUCCAAGGACAUGUGCGUCUUCUUGGUGUGACAUGUCGCACAACUGGGUGGCUUCUGCUGAAACCUCUCCCAGUGAAAUUGGUCCCACCGAAAGCUCGACCUCCGCAAGAAUCCAGGCAAGAAGUGGCCCAGGCCAACUUGUUGAAGUUGGUGCCAAAGGGAUCCGUGGUAUGUGCAGAUGGUGCUCGUGGAUUUCCAGCCAGUUGCAAAAAAGACUUUGGGAACAAAAAGUUCAGAGUGGCCCAGGUGAACCACCAAAAGAAUAUCUUCACGAAGCGGUACACCUUCAGAAAUCUUUGGGGAAAAGCCUACAGAAGGAUCAUUGCCGGAACCCAACAACUGGAUUCGACUUGGCGUCACUUGAAAAAGUGGCGACCUCAGAGCCUUCAACAGAAAUUGCAGUCAGGAGUGAAUCCAAUGAGGUUCAAAUGGGCGUACUCCUAUAUGUGGAGACACAACGCCAAGUGUGAAAACAUGCUGAAUUUAAAGACUUUGAGCGACACCUUGUGGCGUUGAGUGAAAAAGAUGCUCUCCGCAAGUUGUUC